UUUUCUUUUUGUUUUGCUCACUCCACUUCUUUUGCUUGUUUGCUUUGCAGCCCUCGCUUGUUCCUUUAGAGAUGAGGCAAAUCCUCCAGACUUCGUACGUCGACAUCCCGGAGAACGUCAAGGUUGCCGUCAAGGCCCGCAACGUUAAGGUCACCGGCCCCCGUGGUGCUCUUGAGCGCGAGUUCAAGCACCUCAACGUCGAGAUGCACAUGCUCAACGCUGGCCGCCGCGUCCGCGUCGACAUGUGGUUCGGCAACCGCAAGGAGCUCGCUUGCGUCCGCACCCUGACCUCGCACAUCAACAACAUGAUCAAGGGUGUCACUGAGGGCUUCGAGUACAAGAUGAAGUUCGUCUACGCACAUUUCCCCAUCAACGUCAACGUUAUCGAGAACAAGACCAAGAUGGAGAUCCGCAACUUCAUCGGCGAGAAGGUCGUCCGCACCGUCGCCAUGAUCCCCGGCGUCACCGUCGAGCAGCAGGAGAACGUCAAGGAUGAGAUCGUCCUCCGCGGCAACAGCGUUGAGGAUGUCUCCCUCUCCGCCGCUGUCAUCCAGCAGUCCGUCAAAGUCCACAACAAGGAUAUCCGCAAGUUCCUCGACGGUAUCUACGUGUCGUCCACCGGCAGCAUCUCUGUUAAGGGCAAGUAAACAGUGCCUUUCGAAUUGUAUGCGAAGUCUCCUUCUCCUGGCAACGCCCUGGUCCUUGCUUUGUCGUGUGUCCUUGAUUUCGUCGUCCCUGUAACUUGUUUUUCCUUAAAACCAUGCACUUUUUCCUGGCUGUUCACUGCAACAAUACAUGACGAGUGUAAAAUUUCAUCGUUGGAUGCUG